AUGGCUCCUGGGGGGAACCAGAGCAUUGGUGUUACAGAGUUCAUCCUGGCAGGUUUCCCAAAUCUCAACAGCACAAAAGCAGAACUGUUUUCUGCCUUCCUUCUCGUCUAUCUGCUGACUCUAACAGGCAACUUGUUGAUUGUUGGAGUGGUAAGAGCUGACACUCGCCUGCAGACUCCUAUGUACUUCUUUCUGGGUAACUUGUCCUGCCUAGAGAUCUUGCUCACUUCUGUCAUCAUUCCCAAGAUGCUGAGCAAUUUCCUAUCAAGGCAACACACUAUUUCCUUUGCUGCAUGUAUUACCCAGUUCUAUUUCUACUUCUUUCUUGGGGCCUCGGAGUUCCUGCUGUUGGCUGCCAUGUCUGUGGAUCGCUACCUGGCCAUCUGUCAUCCUCUGCACUAUCCCUUGCUCAUGAAUGGCACUGUGUGCUUUUGGGUGGCCUUGGCCUGCUGGAUGGGGGGACUUUUCCCUGUGCUUGGCCCCACAGUGGCUGUGGCCUUACUUCCUUUCUGUGAACAGGACGCCAUGGUGCAGCACUUCUUCUGUGACAGUGGUCCACUGCUCCGCCUGGCAUGCACCAACACCGAGAAGCUGGAGGAAACAGACUUUGUACUGGCCUUUCUUGUCAUUGUAUCCUCACUGAUGAUUACUGCUGUGUCCUAUGGUCACAUAGUUCUGGCUGUCCUGCGCAUCCCCUCUGUUUCAGGCCGACAGAGGGCCUUCUCUACCUGUACCUCCCACUUGAUGGUGGUGACCCUCUUCUAUGGAAGUGCCAUUUUUCUUUAUGUGCGACCAUCACAGAGUGGCUCUGUGGAUACUAACUGGGCAGUGACAGUGGUAACAACAUUUGUGACACCACUGAUGAAUCCAUUCAUCUAUGCCUUACGUAAUGAGCGAGUCAAGGAAGCUUUGAAGGAUAUGUUUAGGAAAGUGGUAGCAGGCUUUUGGGGGGAACUUUUGCUUCCUAAGAGUUUCAGUAGGAAGGAGUGA